ACCGCCGUAACGCUUCUCACGUGCUUGGGUCCACUUCCCACGUGCCGUUCCUCUUUAACCUACCAAUCCUUUUAACGGAGCCGUCAUAAUUCCGUGACGGCCACUCCCCAUCGUCACUUCCGUCAAGAUGUCCCUUCUUCCUUCCACCGACGCUAACUAACGCCGUCGCUUCCGCCGCCUAACCCUAACCCUAACGGCACCGUUAAUGGCGUCCUGUGACGAUGACUUCUCUCUCCUUGGCGACGACCAGACAAACCCUAGCCACCACCAACACCAGGUGCUCCCCGCCCCGCCAUAUGCGCCGUCGCGGCGGCUUGCCUCCUCCAAGCCUGCGAACCAGAUCGAUGCGCCACAGCAGCACCAGGGAAAUGGAGACGACGACGUCGUCGUCGAGACUUCCUCUGCUUUUCACGGCGUGGAUCCCUUCUCCGCCGACGAGAGCUCGAAUCCGUACGACACCAGCGCGGCGGCCGACGGAGGCGACGGAGAUCCCAAUGCGAACAGAUCCAGGAUCGGCGGUGUUCGCGUGGAGAAGAGGCAGAAUCUGGAGGAGCUCAGCGACGGAGGGACGGGGAAUGGCGGUGAGACGACGCCGUACGGAAGCUUCAAGCGGCCGAGGACGUCUUCUUCCUCGGCUGGUGAGUACAGGAAGGACAGGGAGGAGUGGGGCGACGCGGCGAUCGCGUGUUUGUUGGACGCUUACUCGGAGAAGUUCACGCAGCUCAACAGAGGGAAUCUGAGGGGAAGGGAUUGGGAGGAUGUUGCUGCGGCGGUGAGCGAGAGGGGCGAGAAGCAGAGCAAGAGCGUGGAACAGUGUAAGAACAAGAUCGAUAAUCUCAAGAAGAGGUAUAAGCUGGAGAGGCACAGGAUGAGCAGCGGAGGGAUUUCAGCCAGUCAUUGGCCUUGGUUCAAGAAGAUGGAGGAGAUUGUGGGCAAUUCCUUGUCCUCCAAAGGUGCAUCAGACGAUGAUCGAGCCGUCAGCUCAUCAGGCAAUGCCGCAAAGCUUUCUCGGAGGUAUGCCAUGAUAACAUAUAGUCCUGGAGCUCAGAUAAAUAACGCCAAGUCCAAGUCGAUGUCAAACCCCAGAUGGCGGAGAGUGGUUCUAAAAAUCAGUGGUGCUGCUCUUGCUUGCACUGGUCCAAAUAACAUUGACCCUAAGGUGGUCAUGCUGAUUGCCAGGGAAGUUGCAAUAGCAUGUCGUCUUGGUGUUGAGGUGGCAGUAGUUGUUGGAAGUCGGAACUUGUUUUGCAGUGAUACUUGGAUAUCUUCUAAUGGUUUAGAUAGAACCACCGCUUAUCAUAUCAGUAUGAUGGCGUCUGUAAUGAAUUGUAUAUUGCUUCAAUCAUCACUGGAGAAGAUGGGGGUACAAGCCCGAUUACAAACUGGGCUAUCGGUUCAGGGGGUUGGAGAGGUUUACAAUCGUCAAAGAGCCAUCCGGCAUCUGGAGAAGGGGAGAGUGGUAAUAUUCGGCGGCAUUGGUGCUACGCUUGGAAAUCCUCUCUUGUCAUCUGACGCAGCAGCAUCCCUCCGCGCUAUAGAAAUAAAUGCGGAGGCAAUAGUGAAAGGAACAAACGUCGAUGGAGUGUACGACUGUCAUUCACAGGAUAGCAAUGUGACAUUCGAUCACAUAAGUUUUCAAGAACUGGCGUCGAGAGGCGUUGCAUCGGUGGAUGCCAUGGCCCUCAACUUCUGUGAAGAGAACGGCAUUCCAGUGGUGGUGUUCAAUUUUAUCGAGCCGGGGAACAUAUCAAAGGCGUUAUGCGGGGAGCAAGUGGGCACGCUGGUCGACAGAAGCGGAAGGGUAUCUGCUGCUUAAUCCGACGCACAGGGGAUGGCAGCAGCAAGUGUAGUAAAAUCACGUAUGAGUAAAGUGUUGGUCUUUUUAACUUUUUUCAACAGUCCUGUAUCCGUUGUGUUUGUAUAUACACAUGAUAUUUAUUUUACAUAUCUGUACGGGGUUUCCUUUUCCCCUCCGUUUGAA